CGUUCCGUGCUCGGCUCCCAGCAGCAGCAGCGGCAGUCAGUCCCGCUCCAGCGCGUCAGCCGCACGUUAGCGUCAGACAUGCACUUGACUGGACUGCGCUGCGUUUUGCGGGAGUUUGUCGCCCUGUCGAGUCAUGGCUCUCCAUCUUCAUUUGGGAUAAGACAGUAACCGCGAGACUUUUGAAGGAGCAACUUUGGAACUACACAUUUCGUUUUGAAGCCACGCUGGACGCGAGGAUGGAGUUGGUGUUCUACCUGCUCGCCUUCAUGGUGGCCCGGGUUAGUUGGGGUCUCGGGUACGCGGAGUCCGGUGUUCAGACGGGUCAGAGAGCGGCGAGCAGACACAGGAACUGGUGUGCUUAUGUGGUGACUCGCACUGUUAGCUGUGUGAUGGAGGAUGGGGUGGAGACGUACAUCAAACCAGACUAUCAGCGCUGUACCUGGGGCCAGUGUCCCCGCGUUGCCUACCGGACAUUCAGGAGGCCACGGUAUAAGGUAGCUUACAAGAUGGUGACAGAAAUGGAGUGGAAAUGCUGCCAUGGUUACUCCGGGGAAGACUGCCACGAUGGGCCGAAGGGAACCACUGACACCCAGGUCAAUGGAGGGCGACCCCGCGUCACGCAGACGGGCUACAACCCAGACGGCGGACAGAGAGGAGGAGGUGACUCUGAGAAGAUCAGACAGCUGGAGGAAACCAUUCGUGGUCUUAGCAAAGACCUGCAUAACAUGCAGACCACCAUCCAUGGCAUGAACCAGAGGCUGCCUGGUCUGAAUGGGGGGGCUGCCCCUGCUGAUUCAGCUCAGCCACACAUGAAGGAGACCAUCAACAGCAUCCAGACCAAGCUGGACCAGCUCUACAACAGAACACAGGUCCACGACCAGACCAUGCUCAACAUCAACAACCACCUGGUAACAGGAGGGGGGAACCAGCUGACCACGCUGAAGGAGGAGAUUCUGACCGAGCUGGAGAGAAGGGUGACUCUGUCCUGCUCCGCCUGCCAGGCUGGUGUGGAGGACCUGAGGCGCCAGCAGCAAGAGGACCGGGAGCGGAUCCAAGCCCUGGAGAAGCGGAUUGGCUCCAUGGACCAGCACCUGAGGCAGAGCCUGGACAUCUCCCGCAGCGAGACCCAGCGCUCCCAGGCCUGCUGCAACAGCGUCACCGAGCUGGAGAAGAGGCUGACGGAUGUGGACGUCCGGGUCACCUCCACGGCUAACAAGUGGGACACCAUUAAAGGGCGGCUGGAUAAGGAGCUGGAUGGGACGGGCGGAGGAAAGGGAAGAGUGACGGAGGACAAGCUGAACGGCAGACUGAGAGAGCUGGAGAAAAGGGUGAACAACACGGUGAGAAAGACAGAGCAGAGGUGCACCAACACGGGCAACAACGUGAAGGACAGCGUCCAGAGAGACAUCACGCAGCUGCGCAACAUGGUCCUCAGUCGGCUGGACGAGCACGGCUUCGAGGUCGGCAAGAUAGAGCUGGACGUGGCCGUGUUAGGAGACACGGUCACCGACCACAGUCGGCGUCUGAGCCAGCUGGAGAACAUCACAUCCGUCCUGGACAAGAGGCUGACAUCGACCACAAACAUGUGCCAUGAGACCUGCGGGCCCAACGGACAGGGCCGUAAGACGGAUGACACCGUGAAAACGUUAGAGUGGAGAGUCGUGGCCAACGAAGAGGACAUCCAGAAGUUUAACACGCGGUUGGAUGAUUUGUCCGUGUCUGGGGACUCGCUGACCGACCGAGUGAUCAACCUAGCAGAAAACGUCAAAAAAAUACUAGAUGUGACGGGGGAGAGCGGGGAGCAUUUCAACCGGAUAGUCACCGAGGUGGAAACCUUGGGCCGUGAUGUCCAGGACUGUUAUAUUUGCCGGAGAGUAGAGGACAACUUGCACUCGCUCACCAACUCCACCAACAGCAGCCUCAGCAGGUGCCAGGCGGAGCUCACCGAUCUGAGGAGGAAGGUGGACUCAGGAGAAUCGGUGUGCUCUCAGGUGUGCUCCAACCUUCAGGAGGAGGUGGGCCGACUACGAGAGGAAGUGGAGGAGUGUACCGGACAGUGUAAAACCAACAUCAACGAUCUGAAGAAACGCCUGGAUGGCCAUGGCGUCCAUAGUGGGAAAUUAGGAGGGGAGCUGAAGUCCAUCCAAGGAGAACUGGCCGGAGUCAUGGUCACAUGUAACUCCAUCAAUGAGACUCUGAAGGGACUGGGAAGGACUGUACAGACGCAUGGCAACACGCUGACGGAUCUGACCAACACCAAGGACGAUCUCAUCUCUGAGGUGGACAAUUUGCAGAAGGAGCUGACAGAGCAUGUCGAUGACUCGGAGAUUCAAUUCGGCGAUUUGCGAAAAGAGAUCCAGAUCAUCCGGAGUAACUAUGUGACGGAGGUGGGGGAGUGCCGGCGGUCCGGCGACGGCCUGGAGAGAAGACUCUCCAAGCUGGAGGGAGUGUGCCAACACUUGGACUCGUUCUCAGACAGCCUGGACAGGAUCAGGGAGGGCCUCAACCGACAUGUGUCUGGGCUCUGGAGCUGCGUCAAUGGACUCAACGUCACGGUGCUGUCUCACCGAGACCUCAUCCACAAUAUCCAGACCGUCCAGCUGGAGAAUGUCCACUCCGACAUACACACACUUAACUCUUCAGUGCUGGACUUGGUCAAUGAGUUCCACAGUUUUGUGGAACAGGACUUUGUGGGUCCACCUGGUCCACCGGGCCCCCGUGGAGACAGAGGCGAGCGUGGAGCCCAGGGUCCCGUAGGACCACAAGGGAGGGUGGGCCCUCCAGGCACAGAGGGCAAGCCAGGACUAACUGGACCCCCAGGUCUCAGAGGUGAACAGGGUCCUGCAGGGUCUGAUGCCCACGUGCCACGCCUCUCUUUCUCCGCCGCGCUGACCCGCCAGAUGAGAAGCUCGGGGACCAUAGUGUUCAACAACGUCCUUGUUAAUGAAAACAACGUUUACGAUCCCAAAACAGGUUAUUUCACAGCUCCAGUGAGUGGGAAGUACUUCUUCAGCGGCAUUCUUACGGGCCAUAAGAACAUGAAGAUCGAGGCAGUGUUGUCCAAGUCCAACAUCGGUGUGGCCCGAGUGGACUCCGCCGGCUACCAGCCCGAAGGCUUGGAGAAGCCCAUGGCGGAGACCAAACAAAUCCCCGGCGCUCUGGCUGUCUUCAACAUCAUCCUGCCCAUGGAGGCGGGGGACACGGUCUGCAUCGACCUCGUCACCGGCAAACUGGCGUACUCCUCGGAACCGCUGACCAUCUUCAGUGGGAUGCUGCUGUACGAGACCAUCUGAUUGGCUCGUGGUCCGUCUCUCUGAGUGAAACGUUUCCCCCUCACGAGAGCAUCUCAUUUGUCCGCCGGACUGUAAGAGACAGAGCCGCUUGCUGGACAGUCGGAAGAGACUGAAAUAACUGGACUGGAUUCCCAUCCAGCCAGGAGAAUCAAACUAUAUUUUUACAUUCUGAGAAGAAAGGAGAAAAACACCCACACCAAUCAUGAUUUGGUUGUGUUUCACAGCUUUAAGGAAAGUGAUUUGUGCAAAGAGCAAGUGGAUUUUAUUGUUUGUUUUUUUAAACUCAAUGACGUGUUGUCUUCAGAAAAAAAGCCACUGCAGGGUUAUCUUAUAAUUCCAUAUUGUAUGCUGAAACUUGAAUUAUUAACCGCCUACACCGAGAUGGCCUUCAGAUCUUUCUUGUGUAAUUGAAAGGACAUUUGGGAAGAUGAUGAAAGAUUAAGGAUGUAAGGGUCUUUUGUUUCAAUGUGUAAUCCACCCAGAGCAUAACAACUGUUCAAAAGAUUAUUGCACACUAUGUUUUCUGUUUCUAGUGUAGGUUUUAUUUUCUCCUUUUCAUGCUUACAGUUUCAUUUUGACCGCGAGCAAAUUCCCAGAAACAUAACGCUGAAUGCCAAUUGUCAUGGAAAAAAAGUGAUGUAGGCGGAGGGGACACAGUCCAAACCACUAUUCUUUAGAAGGAUAUGCACAAAUGAAGUCACUCACAGUUCAUU